AUGUCGAGUCAUCACGGCGUGGAGCGGCAUGUUGGUUUACCGGCGAAAAUCGAAGCCAAACAGAGUUGCUGCAACCCGGUUAAGAAACCCGGACCCGUUUCCAUUGAUCACGUUCUUCUAGCUCUCCGCGAGACGAGAGAAGAGCGAGACGUGCGAAUCCGCAGCUUGUUCGAUUUCUUCGAUUCCGAGAAUCUCGGGUUCUUAGAUUGCGCCCAAAUCGAGAAAGGACUGGUCGCGCUUCAAAUCCCCAGCGUCUACAAGUACGCCAAGGAGCUGUUUAGGGUUUGCGACGCCAAUCGCGACGGCCGUGUCGAUUACCACGAGUUUCGUCGAUACAUGGAUGAUAAAGAGCUCGAGCUCUACAGAAUCUUCCAAGCUAUUGAUUCUGAGCACAACGGUUGCAUUUCUCCUGAAGGACUCUGGGAUUCUCUCGUUAAAGCUGGGAUUGAGAUAAACGAUGAGGAGCUAGCUAGGUUUGUGGAGCAUGUUGACAAGGACAACGAUGGGAUCAUUAUGUUUGAAGAGUGGAGAGAUUUUCUUCUGCUGUAUCCUCACGAAGCCACCAUAGAGAACAUAUACCACCACUGGGAAAGAGUGUGUCUUGUAGACAUUGGAGAGCAAGCUGUGAUUCCACAAGGAAUCAGCAAACACGUCAAAAGGAGCAACUACUUCAUCGCAGGCGGCAUAGCCGGUGCUGCUUCAAGAACCGCGACCGCGCCUCUAGACCGCUUGAAAGUUCUCUUGCAGGUUCAGAAAACCGACGCUAAGAUCCGAGACGCGGUGAAGACGAUAUGGAACCAGGGCGGGGUUCGGAGUUUUUUCCGAGGGAACGGUUUGAAUAUCGUCAAGGUUGCACCGGAGAGUGCCAUCAAGUUCUAUGCGUACGAGCUGUUCAAGAACGCGAUUGGUGAAAACAUGGGUGAGGACAAAGCGGAUAUAGGCACAACGGCUAGGCUCAUCGCCGGAGGUAUGGCUGGUGCGGUGGCUCAAGCCUCUAUAUACCCUUUGGAUCUUGUGAAAACUCGGUUGCAGACUUGCACGACGAGCCAGGGAAGUGGUGUUGGUCCGAGGCUUGGAACGCUUACUAAAGACAUAUUGGUUCAUGAAGGUCCUCGAGCGUUUUACAAAGGUCUUUUCCCUUCUCUUCUUGGGAUCAUUCCUUAUGCUGGUAUCGAUCUUGCUGCUUAUGAGACGUUAAAAGACUUGUCCAGGACUUAUAUUCUUCAAGACUCCGAACCAGGUCCGCUCGUGCAGCUGGGAUGCGGAACAAUCUCAGGAGCUCUUGGAGCGACCUGUGUGUAUCCUUUGCAAGUUGUGAGAACAAGAAUGCAAGCGGAACGAGUAAGGACAUCGAUGUCUGGAGUGUUCAGGAGGACGAUAAGUGAAGAAGGUUAUAGAGCACUGUACAAAGGGCUUCUACCGAAUCUUCUAAAGGUUGUUCCUGCUGCAAGCAUUACGUAUAUGGUUUACGAAGCUAUGAAAAAGAGUUUAGAACUUGAUUAG